UCAUAUGUUCACACACAUUUCUAGCUUAGUAAUUCCAACAAGAGUCUCCCUCUCCCUCUUCCUAUCUGAUCAUCCAGAAAUAGAGGAGACUGCUUCUCCUCUCCUCAUUUUAUAUAUCUUCACCAAAAUACAACAAAGUGACAAAGAAACAGACACACCAAUUGAAGCUUAUCAACUACAAGUGUAGAUAGAGAUGUCAAAUAUUACAGGUGAUGAGGGCAGUUUCUCUUCUGAUGAAGUUCAACAGCAGCAGCAGCAGCAGCAGAAUAACUUAUCACUCACUUCCACUGAUACAAGUAACACUACCAAUGCCUCCACCUCCCACCACCACUCUCAGCCUAAGAAGAAAAGAAAUCUACCAGGAACUCCAGAUCCCACAGCUGAAGUUGUUGCUCUCUCACCUACAACCCUUAUGGCAACAAACAGAUUUGUGUGUGAGAUUUGCAACAAAGGGUUCCAAAGGGAUCAAAAUCUGCAGCUACACAGGAGGGGUCACAAUCUCCCAUGGAAGCUAAGGCAAAGAGCUACGACUGAGGUCAGAAAGCGUGUUUACAUCUGCCCCGAACCCUCUUGUGUCCACCACAAUCCCGCUCGUGCUCUUGGCGAUCUCACCGGCAUCAAGAAGCAUUACAGCAGGAAACAUGGCGAGAAGAAAUGGAAAUGCGACAAAUGUUCCAAAAAAUAUGCAGUACAAUCAGACUGGAAGGCUCAUCAGAAGACUUGUGGUACAAGGGAAUACAAAUGUGAUUGUGGCACUAUUUUCUCCAGGAGGGACAGCUUUAUAACUCACAGGGCAUUCUGUGAUGCACUGGCUGAAGAAAACAGUAAGGUGAAUCAAGGGGUGAUGGGCUCAUUGGGCCCAAAUAUGCAGGCCCAAAUGGCUGAUCUCAUGUCAACUAUGCCCAUUAGCACCAACACUAACACAUCCAUCGCCUUAUCUGAAUUCACCAACCCACUGAAAUCUCUCCCCCAGGAGCUUCUCCCAAUCCCAUUCAAGCCCAUGAACAUGUUUUCUACCAGUUCGGGAACCCUAUUUGCAAGCCCAAGGAACGGGCCCUCAUCAUCAUCUGGGCUUCAGUUGAGCUCAAAUUCCAGCCCAUCAGGUUACAAUUACCAACAAGACAACAAGAACCUGGGGCAGUACGCUGGGCCGUCCCACAUGUCUGCUACGGCUCUGUUGCAGAAAGCAGCCCAAAUGGGCGCAACUGCGAGUAACUCUAUGAAUUCCCCCAUGAUGCAGAAGAGCUUCGUCAGCAGCAUGGCUGGCCCAGAUCAAGCACCUGGGCCAGGUCCUGGGCCUAGGCCCAUAUCCAAUGUGCAUUCGUUCGACACUUUCCACGCCCAAAGCGAACCGCCAUCAGGAUUUAGUGGAGGAUUCGCAACUCAACUAUUGCAGAAGAGCCCAGUGCAAGAGAUGGCACAGCUGUUUGAGAGCGGCGGAGCUGGUGGCUCCGCCGUGAGUGAUAUGGUGAUGUACGGCGGAAUGCUAAUGGGCGGGGACGGAAGCUCCGCGGCCAGAUUCUUGAAGAAUGUAAUGGAAGUGCAAGAGGAAAGUGAUCAGAAUUGUGGGCUUGGACAGAGAAAGAAUAACAUCAUGGCAAGAACUCCGACAAGAAUAGGUGCGGGAGAUGAUAUGACGACCGUCGAUUUCUUGGGUGUGGGGGGGUCAAGGCCGCAGAAUGAGCAUUACAAGAGAUUGGAGAUGGAAGGUAUGAAUGAACAGAGAAUGCAAGUGAUGCAAAACCCUUUUCAUCAACAGGAUUUCUCAUGAUGUCGAAAACACACCAUGAUGUAUGGGAGGAUCCAGUCAUCAAUCCGGGGGAUUUUUCCAUGAAAGUUGAACGUGAUUGUGAAGUAGAAUAUUGGUUCUUGGUCCGAUAAAAGAUGUACUUGAUGUAAUAAUUGCAAAAUAACUAUGAUUAAUGAUUUUUUU